ACCACCGGCGCUGAGGGGAGAUACACAUUCUCAUGCAGGUCUCCACGUCCUUUCAUUCAUUGCGUGCUAAUAUUUUUAACUUAUGUGUUUUCCGUAUUGUUUUUCCAAAUUUGAGUGUUUAUAGAGUGGUUUCUGAGUGAGUAGGUAUGCAGAAGGGAGUGAAGAUGAAGAUGGCAUCUGACCAGACCACAGAAGAUUUUAUUCCAGGGGACAUAGUGUUUGCUAAGAUGAAGGGCUAUCCUUUCUGGCCUGCCAGGAUUGGUGAAGGAAAAGCCCCCAAAAAUAAGAUCCCCAUCUUCUUUUAUGGAACACACUCAACAACGUUCCUCUUUCUCAAAGACAUCGUCCCCUACUGGCCAAACAAAGAGAAGUAUGGCCGGUCAACCAAACGGGGCGGGUUCGAGGAGGGCAUGUGGGAGAUCGAGAAUGACCCAGGUGUGGGCCUCAGAGGUCAAAAGAAAGCAGCACUGGUGAAACGGCUGUCGGAAAACCGUCCGAAACUGAAAGACAGGAAGAAGAAGAAAGCAGAAAAUCAGAGCGAAGCCAAGAACCAGACGGGAUCCCGUAAGGAUUCGGUGCCUAAGAGCGAUUCGAAUGCAGAGACGCCACGUAAGAGGGAAACUCCAGUGAAAACCAGCAAAACAAAGUCAAAAUCUGUCACGCAGAGCGAAGCCAAGAAUCAGACCAGAUCCUCUAAAGAUUCAGCACAGAAGAGCGAUUCGAACGCAGUGACGCCACCUAAGAGAGAAACUCCGACAGACGCUAAAACAGCUGUAACGAGGUCAACACGCUCAAGAGAUUCAACAGCAAAGGCCGUCACGCCAGAUGAGAGACGGACAGAUAAAGUCGCACCUGCAAGGAAAGUGACAUCAUUGAAGACGGUACCAGCAGCAAGGAGGAUUUUGCCAUCCAGGAAGAUCAUUUUAGCAAGACGAGCGGCUGCAGCAAAGACGCUUUCUACUCGCAGGAAACACGUACUGAACAGAAAAAUCAUUUCAACUGCCAAGAAACGGAUAGAUGCCUAUAAUCACAAAAAGCCCUUGAGGGUCACACGCUCCACUGCAGAUCUGACCCAGUCUACACAAGAAAUUGCCACGUCGGUGAAGACGCCAACGCGUAAACGGAAAUGCUCGCAAACUGAUUCUGAUGUGAAGGAAGACGCUCGUGUUCCUCUUCCUGUGACGAACAGCUCCGCCCCCUCCAGCGCUGCAGAUCUGACCCAGACCACAGAAGAAAUCACUGCGACGUCGGUAAAGACGCCCACUCUGAAAGGGAAACGCUCGCAAACUGAUUCUGAUGUGAAGGAAGGCACUCGUGUUCCUCUUCCUGUGACGAACAGCUCCGCCCCCUCCAGCGCUGCAGAUCUGACCCAGACCACAGAAGAAAUCACUGCCGUGCCGGUGAAGACGCCUGCUCGGAAAAGAAAACGCUCUCAAACUGAUUCUGAUGUGAAGGAGGACGCUUGUGUUCCUCUUCCUGUGACGAACAGCUCCGCCCCCUCCAGCGCUGCAGAUCUGACCCAGACCUCAGAAGAAAUCACUGCGACGUCGGUGAAGGCACCCACUCGGAAACGGAAAUGCUCGCAAACUGAAUCUGAUGUGAAGAAAGAUGCUCAUGGUCCUCUUCCUGUGACGGACAGCUCCGCCCCCUCCAGCGCUGCAGAUUCAAAGAGGAAACGGCUCACAGAAGAGAAGACGUCUGCCCCAGAAAAACCGGAGAAGAGCGAGGUCAACAAGAUAAACACACAAGAUAAGGAGGAACAGAAAGAAACGCAGAACAAACCCAAACAGACAAACAGUGACAUUCCGAUCAUCCCUGAAAAGCAGGACGAGUCAAAAGAGGAGAAGAAAGCAGUAGUUGAAGAGAAGAGUAAGAUCCCGGCCGAGAAGAGGCAGAGCGUGCUGAAGUCCCUGCAAGGAUUGGUGACGUCCACCAGAGGAAAGACACAGACCGGCACAGAACAGACGGCGCAACUCGAGGAGCCGCAGAAACAGCCUGAGAAGAGCAGCGGAGCCCAGGGCGAGAACCGCACCCUGGUCAAAACGACAGCGGAGGAGGAGAAGAAAGAUCCCGAGCAGAAUGGAAAACAUGAGAGCAGGAGCACGGAACAGCAGAACAACAGCAGCAGUAAAGAGGAAGAGCAUAAAGCUCACUCUCUGUCCGUCACAGACUCUUUGCUCUACCGGCUACAUGGUGACAUCAGAAUCUCAAUGACCCUCGAAAAUCCAGACGUCAGUAAGUGUUUAUUGGCUCUGGAUGAGUUGAGCAACGUCCCGGUCUCGUCUCGAAACAUUCAGAACCACAGCGAACUCAUCGACACGCUCAGAAAGAUGCGGUGGUUUCGCGGCAGCGAGGCGAUCAUGUUUAAAGCCUCCAUGUUGUAUCAUCGCUUUAAAAACAUCUACCUCAUCGGAGACGCCGACGAGACUCUGAGUCAGGAGUACAUCGACUCGCUGCAGGAGGAGAGAGAGACGGACGCCGGAUCAGCUGUCAGUCCGACGAGCAUCUGCGAAGAGACCCAAGAUACGAAACAAGCGCCUCAAACCACUGAACCCGUGCCUCACAGUGCGGACAGGAGCUGACGUGAGGAAACCGCCGGAGUUCACGUCUUGUUUUUAUUAUUGUUGUGUUGAUAUUCUGGAAUCAGGCUUUUUAUCCGCCUGUCGGAGAGAUUUUUAUUCGGUUGCCGUUGCAGUUAUUUAUUCGCGCUGUUAAGAAGAGCGUUUUGUACGAUUCGUCUAGUACGAUUCGUCGUGAGGAUUUAGUGUAAAUCGCAGGUUCCCCUCGCCGUCAGUGUUUCUGCAGCUCAUCUGGGAUCUCUACAGUAGGUUUUCGUGUCAUAGAUGAAUCCCAAUGCCUUGACAUCAGUGUUUUUGUUUUUUCGAUGCUUUAGAUGUGUCGUUCUGCAGGAAAAGAAACAGAGACACUAAUAAAGGUCUGAAACAGUUUCUCCUGUCAGCUCCGAUUUGAUUCUGAUGCUGACUGACAGGAUGAAUUGUUCAGAUUUAUGCCUUUCCUUUGAUCACAGAGCAUUAAAUCACUUCAGCAGUGAACAUAGAGACUUUAGCUAUUAGCUACAGUUACAGUCUGAGCUAUUCAGAGGAAAUUUCCCCAAGUAGUGUCUGAAAAUACAACAAAUCUAGUUCGAUGCAUCCCACAUGGACAUGAGUUCUCUGUUCUGUUUGUAAGAUGUAACACAAUCAAGUACAUGUUAAACCCGAGCAUUAAACUGUUCAUUUGUGUGUGUUUGUACACAGGGCAGCUACAUUAUAAUCAUACAGUAACACUUUGAGUCAUAUCUGGACUCUUUCACACACACUAGAUCUGAUCUGAAACCGGUGCUAAUACAACAAACGCUGUCUUUAAUAAACACAUUUAGCUGUAACGCGUUCUAGCAUUGUCUGUUGCGCUCAGACGCUCCUAGAUUUGUAUUAUAAAGCACAUGCAUGUGCUUCCUGUGUCGAUAUUACAGUGAAUAUGCAUUAAACUGAUCUUCAGUACUC